AUGCCGCAAAGCGAGGUUUACGAUGUCAGCGACAGCAGCAGCAGCAGCAGCGAUGACGACUGCGACCACGGCACUGAGCUGGCAGCAGGCAAGGUCCCACCGCCGCCAGCGCAUCCACCAGGGGCGGGGCUGCACAGCCAGGCAGGCGGCAACCAUCUUGCAGCCGCAUCCGCAGCCAGCAAGUUUGCAGGCCCUCAGCAUGGGAAGGCAGCGUGCUGCGAGUGCCCAGUCUGCAACACCAGCCUGACGAGCCUGUCACUAGAGCAGCAGCAGCAGCACAUCAAUGCCUGCUGCGAUGCCACGGCAGGCGGCCGUGCGCUGAAGGCCGCCCAGCAGCAGCGUCCCGCGGACGUCAUUCCCGCCUACCGGCCUACUGGCUACCAGCAACAGCCUGCACCUCCCCAGCAGCAGCAGCAGCCUGCACCAUUCCAGCAGCAGCAGCAGCAGCAGCAGCACCCACAUCGACCCCAGCAGCACCAGCAGCAGGUGGCAGCAGGCAGGCUGUCGCUGCCUGCCCGGGCGCAGCAGGUCCAGGACCAGCAGGGCCAGCAGCAGGAGACGCUGCCGCCGCCGCAGCAGCUGUGCAAGGUGUGCAGCGCCGACCUGUCGCACCUGCACUACCUGCAGCAGGUGGCGCAUGUGAAGGCCUGCAUGGCGGGGCGCGGCGGGCGGCCAGUGCAGCAGCAGCAGCAGCAGCCCAAACAGCAAAAGCAGCCGCCGCAGCAGCAGAGGCAGCAGCAGAAGGAGCAGGGGACGCGGGCUGUGCCAGGUACAGGGGACCAGCCGCUGGCGCGCCCCAGGCAGGCGCCAGCGGCGCAGGCAGCGGGCGGUGGCGGUAUGUCUGGGCCAGCACACGGCGCUGCAGCAGCUCCGCCACAACAGGCCAGCAGCCUGGCGCAGAUGGGCAUCAGGGAAUGGCUCGAGGGGCUGGGCCUGGGGCGCUAUGCCGCCACGUUUGAGGCGGAGGAGGUGGAGGUGCGUGUGGUGCACCUCAUCUCGGCGCAGGAGCUGGCCGGCAUAGGCGUGACCGACAGGCUGCAUCAGAUGCGUAUCAUGCAGGCCGCUCAGGAGAUGGCCACGGCGGCGGGGCUGCGGCGGCCCGGGGCUGCUGCCACCGGAGCAGGAGGGGCAGCCGGCAGGGAUGGCAGGCCCGGCGCCGCCAAGAAGCAGCGCCAUCUCACGGAGCUGCUGCCUGGAAGGCCAGGAGGCACUGGUGCAGCAGCCAGUGAGCAGCAGGAGCAGCCGCCCCUGGCGCCAGCAAUCGGCGCCCAGAGCUGGGACCAGCAGAAGCAGCAGCAUAGGCAGGACCAGCAGGAUAGGCAGGAGCAGGGCGGCAGCAGCCUGCGAGAUGCAGGGCCGAGGCCGCAGGAGCAUGCCCUGCUUGCCAGCCUCUACCCGAUCAGGGCGCACCAGUACGGCGGGCCGGGAGCGGCGCCAGCUGGGCAGGCGCAGCAGGCGCAGCAGCGGGACCCCGUCCAGCCGCGGCUCACGCCGCAGAUGCCCGCCGGCCGCACGGCGUCCCGCGCCACCCCGGCCGCCGCGUCGCUGUGGGCGUGCGCGGGGGCGUGCGCGGCGGUGGCGCCCACGCUGACGGCGCGGCUGGCGCGGCGGGAGGCGGAGCUUCCCGACGGGGCAGCUGCCCGGCAGCAGCCGCUGGCACGGGGCGGGACCGCGUACCCUGUGGAGCAGGAGAGCCGGGCACUGAAGCGGGUGAAGCUGGAGGCUCUGAGGGAGGAGCUGCGCCACCACGAGGCCACCGUGGCGGAGCUCCGGGGCAUGGUGGAGCGGCUGGAGCGGGAGGUGGACGGGCAGUGA